UCACCAAACGCGGCCUUAUCUUCUCUCUCAUGGCAUGAACCUUCUGCACACAGCACAGAAGCAUUUUAUCUUUUAUCUUCCACCGGUAACGAAGUCUCUCUCGACUCCUUCAUCUUUGGAGACCUGAAAUUUUUACACUUCAAGUAGACUAUUGGUAGAUGUUCGAGGAUAAAAUGCUCCUUCAAACCGCCAUCAUCUCUUCUCCAACUUCUCACCAAAUAUUUCUGGCUCCAACGGGUUGUCAGUCUCUCUCUCUUCUCUCAUCUGGCUCUCUCAAGUUCAGGCGCGGGAAGCUCUCUCUUCGGGCAGAUAUUUGGAAAGAAAUUGGCAAUGCGAUCAUCCACCUCGACAAAUUUGGAGAGUCUUUCAUGAACACUGCCCAUGUCAAUUUAUUUAUUUUGAAAUUGCUCACACUGAAAGAUCAGAAAGCUCUGCCUUUAGGGAUCCAGCUAUCUUACCUGCUUUUACUGUUAGGUUUACUUGGUGUAGGAACUUUCUUUGUAAUCCGUCAAGUCCUUGUACGUAGAGAACUUGACCUUUCUGCUAAAGAAUUGCAGGAGCAAGUACGGAGUGGUGAUGCCAGUGCUACUGAAUUAUUUGAACUUGGUGCAGUAAUGCUGAGGAGAAAAUUUUACCCUGCAGCUACUAAAUACUUGCUUCAGGCAAUUGAGAAGUGGGAUGGAGAAGAUCAAGACCUUGCGCAGGUGUACAAUGCACUAGGUGUCACUUAUGUUCGUGAUGGAAAAAUCGAUAAAGGAAUAAGUCAAUUUGAAACUGCUGUAAAGCUGCAGCCGGGUUAUGUUACAGCAUGGAACAACCUCGGUGAUGCAUAUGAGAAGAAGAAAGAUCUGAAAUCUGCUUUGAAGGCAUUUGAAGAAGUGCUACUCUUUGAUCCUAAUAACAAGGUGGCGCGGCCUAGGCGAGAUGCCCUGAAGGAUCAAGUUCAAAUGUACAAGGGAGUUCCUGUCAAAUCAAAGAAAAGAUGACCUGCCUCUUUACCGUUAUAUUUUUCCUUUUACCAUAACCAGAAAAGAUGUUUAUCUUACAUUCCACUGCCUUAUUCUAUUGUGACCAAAGGCAACCAUUGGACCCUUUGAAGUUCAAUAUGAUAAGAGUUGCCGAGUAUUUCAUUUCUGAAUCUCUAUUUGGAUGCAGUCGCUGUGAUGACAUUUAUCUACUUUGACGACAUUGAAUACACUAUUCCUUUUUAA